AGGGUUUUAAAUAAUAAUUUCCAAAACCCCUAUAUCAGAAACAAAAACCUAAUCUUUCUCUGUCACUGUUUCUCUCCAAAAGCCUCAGGUAAUAUUUAACACCAUCCCACUCUUAAAAAAGUCCCAUUUUAUUCUAGAUGCUGUAAUUCUGCUACCCAUUUCCUUAUGGAUUGUCAUUUUUGUAUAAAUGUCUGCAUGCUAAAAAGCAGUGGACGUUCAAGCAUCAUGCGUGCUAUAAAGGGUGGCUGGGCUGGCCAAACAUUUGCCCUGGCUAAGCGCAAUGAAUCUGGAGGAAGGAAAUCACGCAUUCGAAUUUCAAAGGAAGAGAGGAAGGAAAUGGUUGAAUCCUUUAUAAAGAAGCACCAGAGUUUAAACAAUGGGAAUUUUCCCUCUCUAAAUCUCACACACAAGGAAGUUGGAGGAUCCUUCUACACAAUAAGGGAGAUUGUCAGAGAAAUUAUCCAAGAAAAUAAAGUGCUGGGUCCUGCUAAGUCCUUGCCAGAGGAGCAGAAUUCUGAUAAGUUAUUCAUACAGUACCCAUUGGGUACAAUAUCCUCAGAACCUGAAGCUUCUCCUUUCAUGUCACCAAAUGGAAGUGCUUUUUUAUCUGAUCGGCAUGAGGAUACAAGUGAAGAAGAACCUUAUUUAAUUUCCAAGGGGCUUCUUCAUCAGGGGUUUGACAAUGGCAAAAUCAUUAAUGUGAAUGUUGUACCUGCGAAAAAAGAAUCAGAUGAAACAAAAGUUGCAAUGGAUCAAGUAAGUGAACUACCAGAUAUAAAGAAACAUAUGGAAGAAGCAGUUGCAUCUAUAAGUGAACUACCAGAUAUAAAGAAACAAACAGAAGAAGCAGUUGCAUCUAGGAGUAAAGUAACUCAAAUGGCAGAUGUGAUUGUAGAGACAUUUCCAUUACAACCUCUUACUCAGCCAACUUACAACUUGGAUGAAAGAUCCAGUGAAGUAAGGGGUUUAAAUGGAAUUUUAGCAGAAAAAGAUGUCGAAAAGGCGCCCUUGGGGCCAGUAUAUAACACUUCUUUGUCGGAUGGAAUGAAUUUGUCAGAUAAUUCUUCUGUGGUGGAUGAUAGAGUAGAAAACCUAGCAGGUUCAUUGCUGGAAGGGGAGUCCAAAUCGGUGCAUGAGAAAGCAGUGAAAAACAUAGCAGAUCUUCAAUUAGGGAACUCAAAUUCUUUUGCUGCAAAAGAUAUCAUUUCACACGAUACUCUAGAUGAUAAAGAUGUUGAAGUGAAGUCAUCUUAUGAUGAUAUAAAAGAUGCCGAGAAAAAGGUUGUAAAUGCAGCAAAUGGCACCCAAACAAAAACUCCGAAUGGCACACACGCCAAUACCGAAAGCAGCAAACCAAUAUAUGAACAAAAAGUUAUUCAAAAUAAAGCUGAUGUUCAACAAAGUGGCAGCUCUCAGAAAGACAGCACUCCAACUUUAGAGAGAAUUAAGAUUGAAUCAUGGGGAGGUGCAUCAAGGAAACCUACAAAAUCAGAAACUAACCCAGUGGUGGCUGCUUUUAAAUCUUUUGUAGCUUCCUUUGUAAAAUUUUGGUCUGGAUGAAAUUUUGGUGUAGUAGUUUUGCCUACAGGCUUUGCAGAGUGGAUGGAUUCAUGUAUAAACUUGCUAGGAUGUUGAUAUCAGGAGGCUGUUUCUCACAUUUAUAAUGUCACAGGAAUAUUUCUCUCGGA